AUGUCCGAAAAGCCUCUUUUCCAGUUGAGGAAAGAGCUGAACGACUCAAGCGAUACAACGACCGAUGCCAACAUAACACAAUCUUUCGCGGAACACUUUGAGAGUUUUAGCCACGCAGAUACAAGCUUAUCCACUGAUUUUUCUAAUAAAAUCGUGCUCACCGAAAAUGCCAAAUACACGGUUGCCAAACUACCUGCUAGCAUCCCUCGCCAAUUGCAAGGUGAAAGUGACGUGGACGGGUAUAUAGAUGGCCUUUCUCAAAGGGCCGUUGCAAACAACGCAGACACUUUGUAUGUCUGGGAUUAUGCCUCAGCACAGCUUAAUCCAAUUGUGAAUAGCAUUCCGCUUCAUGAGGGACAUGUAUCUUUGAGCUGCGUCCCAAAGGCGAUCAUAACGUGGCCCCCGGCACUGGACGACGACUUAGGCAAUGAUAAGGUCAAUGCAAGCACACCCACCAGCAAGACGACUCUUUCAACGGGUACCUCGAAUCAUUCUACAGCAAAUAGCUGUGGUAUCUGUAUCAUAAAUCGGAAGUCGGGUUUGGUGCAGUUUUAUGAAGAUAUUGAAACUAUUAACAAACUCUCUUCCCGGAUCUCUAAAACCAAAUGCCACGAACUCUCACUGGGGCUGAAAGAUUCCGAAUAUGUGACUGACGUCGUAAAUACAGAGCCUGCUGGCAUUCUUGUAUCUACUACUAGCGGCAGGCUUUUGUUUGUCACAAUUCGUGAUUUCAUGGGUAAGCCCUGCCUCAGGGUGAAAGCUCAAUUGCUCAAGUCUCAUUUUGGCUUCUUUUCCAUGUUAAACAAACAUAAAAGUGUUGUCUCUAUUAAACCAGGGCCUGUAUUAGGUAAAGGAGAGAGGUUGGUUUCAUUGUUGACAAACAAUGGUGACUUCCACUUAUGGAACUUAUCAGCUGUUGCUAAUACACACAAAAGAGCCGACUUCAACGUAUACGAUCAAAUCUUGGAAGCACUGAAAGAUCUAUAUCCCUGCGCUCACAAUUCAUUGGUCCUUCUAGACUCUCAUCCUUUAAGUGAAGAUAACGCGGCUCAUAUGAUAUUGUCCUCUAUUAAAGAUUUUGAUGGCUCCGUAUAUUAUAUCUUGACAACCAUAAAGCUCGAUGAAGGGGCCAAUGGUUUCGUGAUUUUCUCAACCUAUAGGUUGAAUACCUAUUCCACUUCAUUCGAUAAAUCGAAACCUCCCAGGCUUCUGAUUCCCAUUGAAAACAAAUCAAGCUCAAUUUCAGAUUCUCUCACUUCUGUAUACACAGUUUUUCAAAACGCCGUCGUUCUUACUCAAGUCAGUGCCAAGCUUGACCAGUCAUACCUAUUGAGACGGAAGUGGGAGGAUAUUAUAAGCUUCCGUCCGGACGCCAAUAUUGUAGGUUGUGGGAUGGAUUCCGGGUCAAUUUACCUAAUGAGCAAAACGAUGGGCGUCAUAAUGAUUACCGCCUCCCAAAAACCAAAUGAGCUACGGGAUAUCAGAUUUAUUAAGUCUCACAUCGAUCAGGCAGUCUACUUCUCUGGCUUAACGCAAACACCAAUCAAUUUCAAUCUUCCGUCCUGUAUAUCUUUGGGAAGAGAAGAAAUUGAGGAAGAUUUAAUCUCUUCAAGCGAGGAUAUUUUAUUGUCGAGAUCCAUCUACAUCCCACCAGCGCUGCAAUCUACCGAGAGGCACUUGGUUUUGAGGAUAGAGUUAUACAGAAAGCUUCUAGAGUUUACAAAGUCAAAUUUCUUCAACAAGAUUUCACCUGCUGUGAAAAUCCAGCUCAUCGAAGCAUUUGAAAUUUUGAACUGCUCAAAAGAGCUGUUAUCAUUUAUUCGGGGGUCUGAACAGCUCCACGGAAUUUGGCAAAGUGUCAUUACCUCUCUUAAAUUAAGUGACGAGGUUUUUUUCCAACAAAGUCUCAAUAUAUUUCCCAAGGCCCUGUCGCAUUUUCUGCAUGAAGCCUUAUCCCUGUCAAGGAUUUCUUCAGACACUAAUAUAUGGCCACUGUGUGCUGAACUCAUUAUAUCAUGUGUUUUGAAAAAUGCUUUACAAGACGGCGAGGAAUUUUACAGGUUUAACAUGUUCGAAAUGAGCAAGUUUGAGCUUGGCGAAUCGGCACCAUGGUACGUGCAGAACAGUUUAGCAAUAAUUGUGAACCAAUUUCUUCAAGGUUUGAGUGAUUAUGCCAGUUCGACUGGAACUAUGUCACAACAUGCUGACCAAGUUCUCUCCUUAGUGAAGAUUCUUUAUUACAUCUGCAAUCAAGCAUCAUUGUGGUCCCAACACUUACCUGGAAACAACGCCACCAAAUAUUGCAGUGAAGCUUUGGAGUUAUACGAAGAAAACAAACUCUCCUGGAAUAGAACACUAUGCUCUUUCGAUAAGAAAGUGGAAUCCCUAGAAAUUACUGAGUACUACGCAGACUUGCCGUCUCUAGCAGCAACGCUUGCCGCUAUGCCUCAUGACUCGUCUGCUGCUUUGUAUGAGCCAUAUUUUGAAAAGUUUGGAUACGCAUUUUCUGUGGAAGUAUUCGCUAACUUUAUAUCUUCUGGCAAUUUGAGGGCUUUAUAUGGGGGGUUCCCUUCACAGCACCGUAAUCUGGGCCAGUUCUUUGAUGAAAACCCGCAGUAUGGGAAGGUAGGCUGGAUGUAUGAAAUUUUUGACCAACAAUAUGAGAAAGCCUCGGAGGUCUUGACUGAAAUAACAAUGAAUGAGACUAAUCAAGACUACGAUUUGGCUACCGAUCAGACGAGGUUGAGCAUAGCAAAAUUAUGCGCCCUCGUGAAUGAUCAAGCGCCAAAUGUGGACAAACUGCAGAACAUUCAAACCAAACUGGAUGUUAUAGAUGGACAAAGAGAAUUAGCUUCAUUGUUGGAGCAAGGAGCUUCGCUUAUUAAAAGUGGAGAAACUCCAAAAAUUGUGCAGGACUUAUUCGAUCUCUUAAAAGCUAAGGUGACCUCGGGAAAAAGAUUGAGCAUAUCAGAGAUAAUAGAGAUGUUUACACUCCUUAAUGAGAAAGACGGAUUUUAUAAGGCAAUGAAAUUACUAAUCUUCAACAGAAAUAGCCUGGAAUUCGAGAAUUCCAAGUUCCUGGCUUCGAUGAUAUGGAGAAGGUGCGUUUUGCGCGACGACUGGAGGUCCCAGAUAAACAUUAUUGACACCGAGCUGUAUCAUACUCUGAAAAAGUGCUUUGAUGAAAAGUUGUUUGAGAAAGGAUCAAUAUUACCCAGCAUCUCUUUUCUCGUCGAUGAGACCAUUUUGACUCCACAAUACUUUGAAGCUGAGUAUGGCUUACUGGGGAUCGAUUUACAAGCACUCUUAAACCAUGCGCGGGAGGAAUGUUCUAAGAUUGACAGUUUGGGUUCAGGCUUCGAUAGCCGCUUUCAAUCCGUAAUUGCUGCUAGUAAUGAUAAUAGCGUGCAUACAUGUGUGAUAGAUUACGAAACGGGCCUCGUCGAGGAGGUAGGAGCAUAG